AUGAGGUUCCUCCUCCCCCUCAGCACCUUGCUGCCCGCCCUCAGCUCCGCCACCGCAUCCCCACCCCCUCCUCCCAGCGACGACAACACCGCCCCCAUCGUCCACGCCAAAAACAACGUCACCUACCACGGCCUGACCCGCAACACCAUCGAGGUCUUCCUCGGCAUCCCCUACGGCCGCGACACCAGCGGGCCCCACCGCUUCCAGCCCCCGCGCAGACACGUCCCCGCGCCUGGGAGCCGUGUCGACGCCACCGCCUACGGCCCCAGCUGUCCGCAGGCGCUGGGGCGGUGGGCGCCGCCGAUCUCGUUGGGGGAGAUUGAAGAGGUGUCGGAGGAUUGUUUGAGGUUGGAUGUGGCGCGGCCGAGGGGGCUGGUGGUGGGUGGGGAUGGGGAUGGGGAUGGGGAGGGGUUGUUGCCGGUGAUGGUGUAUAUUCAUGGGGGGAGCUUUUGGGCGGGGAAUGCGCAUGAUCCGACCAUUUUGCCGGAUGGGUUGGUCAGGGAGGCGGUGGAGAAUGGGAGGCCCGUGGUGCAUGUUGCGAUGAAUUAUCGGCUUGGGUUCUUCGGGUUCGCACAAUCUGACGCCCUCCGGUCUGAAGGUUCGGAAAACGCUGGCCUCAGGGACCAGCGGCUCGCUAUCGAGUGGGUUAGAGACGAGAUCGCGCAGUUCGGAGGCGAUCCGGACAACAUCACCAUCUUUGGACAGUCAUCAGGAGGCCUCUCCGUUGGCAUGCACAUCAUGGCCUACGGUGGUACUAAACCCGCCCCUUUCCAACAAGCCAUUUGCCAGAGCCAAGCCCUGGAACCUGGAAUCACCGGCACCUACACCAUCGAUGCCAUGAAGGCGGUGGUUGACCAUGUCGGCUGUGAUGGAGCCGCCCUUCACUCAGAAGAGACCAUCGCUUGCCUGCGGGAGCUUGACACGCAAACUCUUCUCAACGCCAGCUUGACGACGUACCGCUCUGACCUCAACAUCGGAGAUAUCUGGCUCCCUGUUGUCGACGACGACUUCCUCCCAGCCGCCCCUUCGACGCUAAUCCGGGAGGGACGCUUUGCCAACGUAACCACCAUGCUCGGCUGGUGCGACGACGACCUCACCUUCUUCACCGACUCCAGCAUCCAAACCGCCGAUGAGACCCGCGAAUUCAUAUCCGCCUACAUCCCCGGCGUAGCCAGCACCAACCUCGACACCCUCCUCUCCUUCUACCCCCUCUCCGACUUCACCGCGCAGUCCACUCCCACCCUCUCCCCCGAAUUCUUCCGCGCCGCCCGCAUCUUCCGCGACAUCCUCAUGGUGUGCGAGCCCAUCUGGUACGGGGAGCACCUCGCGCGCGCCGGCAACGCCGUCUACCUAUACGACUGGAACCAGACGGUUCUCGAGCCCCUCCUCGAGCACGCCACCAACCAGAGCGGCUGGGGCCCCAUCCACACGGCCGAGUUCGCCUACAUCUUCUCCAACUUCACGCAGUACGACUCGCCCGACUACCCCUUCCACCCGACCGCCGCCGAUUAUAGCCUCGCUAAGCGCGGGUCGCGCUCGUGGUCCACGUUUGCGGCUACGGGGAAGCCGGGGUUGAAGGGACAUGAUACUUUCUGGGGGUUCCGGCCGGCGUUUUCGAAGGGGGGUGACGGGUUUUCUGUGUUUGUGGCGGGCGGGCCGUCGGAGGGGCUGUCGGCUGUUGAUGGGCGGGGCGCGAAGGAGGCGAAAGUCGCGUCAAUAUCCAGAAUCUCUACCGUAGGCGCGAUCACCCGCGGGGAAGGUCCCACCCCUCCUGCGCCUGCGCGCCGACGAAAUCUCACGCAUAAGGUUCUUGCCGAGCGAUACCAUGCAGGUGGCCGUAUUGCCACCGAUACGCCUGAAAUGGCUGCUGCCCGCAACGAGAUUUCGGCUAUUCAGCGACGACAUCGCCUUGAGCGACGCCAUGGCAAAGAACCUUCCCAGACCCCCACGAUGAGCGGUCUCCUUCGCCAAAAACAGCCCGCGGAUGAUGAUAAUAUCCUCCCGCCCUCUGCCGCGCAGAGGGAAGUGACGUCUACUCCCGCGCCGCGGGCCGAUGCUUCCCCAAAGCCGAUCAGCGCCAUCGCCGUCUUCGCCUCAAUCCCAUGGUCGUCCCCGCGGCCGCCCGCGGCUGGCAAGCAACCCAGUUGGCCGCCCUCGCAAGCAACGCCCCCCGCCCGAGGUCAUCAUGGUGGCCUUCGACGACUACGACGGCCCCGCCUUCACGAUGCCGAACGGGGAGCCGCUCCGCAGUGGGAGAAGCUGGUUGUUCCCAUCCUCCGAGUGCGGCAGGACUUCAUGGUCGGCGCCAACUCAUGUUCAAGAGAGCAGUUCCCGCUGUUGGUCAGCUAUGCGAUCACCGUCCACAAGUCACAGGGCAUCACUCUCGACGAGGUUGUCUGCGAUAUCUCUGCGCCGGAGUUCGCUUCUGAUCUCCCCUACGUGGCCGUUUCCACGGUGAAGACACUGGGUGGGCUAAUGUUUGAGAAGCCCUUCGACCGCAACAGGAUCUAUCGCGAGACACCAUCACGAGCUAUGGGGUCGAAAUUGUCCGAUCACGCUAUCAGGCAACUGCAGGCGUUGGAUGCUGUGGCGGGGAAGGAUCUUUCAGAGGAGUCAAUAGGUAUGCGCAACCUGAGAGGCCCUUGGAAGGAGACCCGCAGGACCGGCUUGAAUGCGCACACGACUUUGCAGAAUCAUCAAAUUGAAGCACCAAGGCACCCCACCUACCGCAACAGAGUUCGGCUUGGAAUUUGCAUGGAAGGAGCCGUGGACAAUCCCGCCCUCCCGUGGAACUCCUCUAGCACCUCGGGACAUUCCUCGAAAUGCGCAGGGGGUUCCCAAGUAUUGUGCUUGUUCCUAUACGCUGCCCACUUGACGAGAUACUCCUGCCCCUCUUCUCCCUGUCGCCGAUCCCGAAUAUCCUCGACCUUAAAAUACUCGUCGACUCGAGUCUCCUCAGUCGUGGAGGCAACUCUUGAGGGCAAGUCGAGCCUCGUUAACGCGCUCAUGGGCCUCGAGCCCGGCGACCCGCGGGGCGCAAAGGGGGGCGAGGCCGAGACCACCACGAAGCCGGCCGCGUUCCCCGACCAGAGGCACCCGGGCGUCGUUUGGCACGACAUACCCGGCGGCGGCACGGCGCGAUACUACAACAACCACCUGUACGCGUACGACAAGAUCCUGCUGGUGCACUCGGCCACGCUCAGCGAAGUCAGUGCCCCCUCCCCCCCCUUUUCUUCGCUUCGCUGGCCGCCCCCCUCCACCCAAAACAGCUCGACAUCCGCGUCCUGCAGUUCUGCACCUAUCUCGACAAGCCGUGCGUCUUGGUGCGGACCAAGGCGGACUCGCACAUCCGCAACUGCCGGCGGCGUAACCCGCAGCACGACAGCGUGGCGGCGGCGCGGGCCGACUAAGUGCAGCAGGCCGAUCCAGCAUGGCAACUCCAAGCAAGACACCAGGUCUCUGCCCGGAUUGGGUGCUGACGAGCGGCUCCAACGUACACUGGGUUCCGAUUCGCAGCGAAGGCCACACGGGAAUCAUAGGGUUCUCAAGCUCAGUGGGCCUCCUAUCGGCCCUGUUGUAGGCCCUUCCAUGUUCGAGCCGGGGACGAAGUAUAUGGUCACCACUUUCUGGCCUGACUCGGAGCGCCAGAGAUGGGCCGCAGCACAGGCUAGUUGCUUGUGUUUAGAUCACGGUACCAAUGGGGAGGUGUCGGAUGACGGCAAGGGAAAGGGCAAGGCUGAAGCUACUCCGUCGGCGCCGUACACGGAAGAGGAAAGGGGCUGGCUGAAGCGGGAGUGGGGAGGUGAAUUCAUGUUUCUCACCGCCCACGGACUGAGCAUUUACAAGGAGGGAGGCCGUGACGAGGGCAGAAGGAUGGCAAGGGCGGCGAUGGAGGCGGACGAAGAUGGGAACACAAAUAUAUCAUUCAUCCGCGCAGAUCCAGUCCGCGAGGGCGAGCCCAAGGUCGAGCGGCGCUUCCCCGCCGGCAUGCCCCCGCCCGUCGACGAGCACGACUGCUCCGUCGUGGUGCUAGCAGCGCGCCAGCUCUACAAGACCGCCGAUCAGAUGCUGGCUGAUCUCGAGGCUAUUCGUCCAAGUUCCUCGGCGAAAGGCUACCUCAAGCUAAGGAUCCCUCGAGGAAAUGGCUUUCAUGGACCGUUGCGACGGCUCACUGCCGGCCACUGCUCUGGAAGUGUUUGA